UUGCUUUUAGCCCUCACCAGGGCAGGAAGGACCAAGGCUGGGCCCAGAACUCAUACUCCUAGGGUGACUGUGAAGGGGUCGUGAGGGAGCAGUGACUCCCUUCCAACCCCUUCUUCAUAAGGACUGUUGGCAACCAAAGAAAUCAACUGGGAAAAUGAAGACCUGCUGGAAAAUUCCAGUUUUCUUCUUUGUGUGCAGUUUCCUGGAACCCUGGGCAUCUGCAGCUGUCAAGCGUCGCCCCAGAGACCCUGUCAAUUCCAGUUCUAAUGGUGGAGAUGAACUCUGUCCAAAGAUCAGGAUUGGCCAAGAUGACUUACCAGGGUUUGAUCUGAUCUCUCAGUUCCAGGUAGAUAAAGCAGCAUCUAGAAGAGCUAUCCAGAGGGUAGUGGGAUCAACUACAUUACAGGUGGCUUACAAAUUGGGAAACAAUGCAGACUUCAGGAUUCCAACUAGGAAUUUAUAUCCCAGUGGACUGCCUGAAGAAUAUUCCUUCUUGACAACAUUUCGGAUGACUGGAAGCACACUCAAAAAGAACUGGAGCAUUUGGCAGAUUCAGGAUUCCUCUGGGAAGGAGCAAGUUGGCAUAAAGAUUAACGGCCAAACACAAUCUGUUGCAUUUUCAUACAAGGGACUGGAUGGAAGUCUCCAAACAGCAGCCUUUUCGAAUUUGCCCUCCUUGUUUGAUUCCCAGUGGCAUAAGAUCAUGAUUGGUGUGGAGAGAAGUAGUGCUACUCUUUUUGUUGACUGCAACAGGAUUGAAUCUUUACCUAUAAAGCCAAGAGGCCCAAUUGACAUCAGCGGCUCUGCUGUGCUGGGUAAACUUGCAGAUAAUCCUCAAGUUUCUGUUCCAUUUGAACUUCAGUGGAUGCUGAUCCAUUGUGACCCCCAGCGGCCUAGGAGAGAAACUUGCCAUGAGCUGCCAGCCAGAAUAACGCCCAGCCAGACCACUGACGAGAGAGGUCCCCCGGGUGAGCAGGGUCCUCCUGGGCCUCCGGGCCCCCCUGGAGUUCCCGGCAUCGAUGGCAUCGACGGUGACCGAGGUCCUAAGGGUCCCCCGGGCCCACCGGGUCCUGCAGGUGAACCGGGAAAACCAGGAGCUCCAGGCAAGCCCGGCAUACCCGGCGCUGAUGGAUUAACAGGACCUGAUGGAUCCCCUGGCUCUGUGGGACCAAAGGGACAAAAAGGAGAACCUGGUGUGCCUGGCUCUCGUGGAUUUCCAGGCCGUGGUAUUCCUGGGCCCCCUGGUCCUCCUGGGACAACAGGACUCCCUGGAGAGCUUGGCCAUGUAGGACCUGUUGGUGACCCUGGGAGAAGAGGAUCACCUGGACCCCCUGGACCCCCAGGACCCAGUGGAACAAUUGGCUUUCAUGAUGGAGAUCCACUGUGUCCCAAUUCCUGUCCACCAGGUCGCUCAGGAUAUCCAGGCCUACCAGGCAUGAGGGGUCAUAAAGGGGCUAAAGGAGAAAUUGGUGAACCAGGAAGACAAGGACACAAGGGUGAAGAAGGUGACCAGGGAGAACUGGGAGAAGUCGGAGCUCAAGGACCUCCAGGAGCCCAGGGUUUGCGAGGCAUCACUGGCAUAGUUGGAGACAAAGGGGAAAAAGGUGCUCGGGGCUUAGAUGGUGAACCUGGGCCUCAGGGUAUUCCUGGUGCACCUGGUGAUCAAGGACAGCGAGGACCUCCAGGGGAAGCAGGUCCCAAAGGAAAUAGGGGGGUUCAAGGUGUUAGAGGAAUUCCUGGUCUCCCUGGGCCCAAAGGAGACACGGGCUUGGCAGGUGUGGAUGGCCGUGAUGGGAUCCCUGGAAUGCCUGGAACAAAGGGUGAACCAGGAAAACCUGGGCCUCCUGGUGAUGCAGGAUUGCAGGGGUUACCAGGUGUACCUGGAAUUCCUGGUGCAAAAGGUGUUGCUGGUGAAAAGGGUAGCACAGGUGCUCCAGGGAAGCCUGGUCAGAUGGGAAAUUCAGGCAAACCGGGCCAACAAGGGCCUCCAGGAGAGGUGGGACCCCGAGGACCCCGGGGACUUCCUGGCAGUAGAGGAGAAAUGGGACCAGUGGGAUCCCCAGGCCUACCAGGUAAACUGGGCUCUCUGGGUAGCCCUGGCCUCCCUGGCUUGCCUGGGCCCCCUGGACUUCCUGGAAUGAAAGGUGACAGGGGAAUAGUCGGUGAACCAGGUCCAAAAGGUGAACAGGGUGCCUCUGGUGAAGAAGGUGAAGCAGGAGAAAGGGGAGAACUUGGAGAUAUUGGAUUACCUGGCCCAAAGGGAUCUGCAGGUAAUCCUGGGGAACCUGGCUUGCGAGGGCCUGAAGGAAGUCGGGGGCUUCCUGGAGUGGAAGGACCAAGAGGACCCCCUGGACCCCGGGGUGUGCAGGGAGAACAGGGUGCCACUGGCCUUCCUGGUGUCCAGGGCCCUCCGGGUAGAGCACCGACAGAUCAUCACAUUAAGCAGGUUUGCAUGAGAGUCAUACAAGAGCAUUUUGCUGAGAUGGCUGCUAGUCUCAAGCGUCCAGACUCAGGUGCCUCGGGGCUUCCUGGAAGGCCUGGCCCUCCUGGUCCUCCUGGCCCUCCUGGAGAGAAUGGUUUCCCAGGCCAGAUGGGAAUUCGUGGCCUUCCCGGCCUUAAAGGGCCCCCAGGUGCUCUUGGUUUGAGGGGACCUAAAGGUGACUUGGGAGAAAAAGGGGAACCUGGCCCUCCAGGAAGAGGUCCCAAAGGUUUGCCGGGAGCUAUAGGUCUCCCAGGUGACCCAGGCCCUGCCAGCUAUGGAAGAAAUGGCCAGGAUGGUGAGCGAGGCCCCCCCGGGGUGGCAGGAAUUCCUGGCGUGCCUGGACCCCCAGGACCUCCUGGGCUUCCUGGUUUCUGUGAGCCAGCCUCCUGCACCAUGCAGGCUGGUCAGCGAGCAUUUAGCAAAGGGCCUGACCAGUGAAAGGCUUAGUGCUGCAUGGCUCUCUGCAUGAAUCACACCUGGUGAAGGAGCUUGGGGGAGAAAUACCACCCAAAGCUGGGGCAAAGAUGACGAUGUAUUACCUUCAGCAUGAUUACAGAAGUCCUACUUGACAAUCAGAUUUAAAAGAAAGGUGCUAUUCAAUAAGUUCUCUUUCCUUUCCUUGGAGGGAAGGAAGACAGCAGUCAUCAGUUAAAAAAAAGAAGAAAGAAAAAGAAAACCAAACACCUCCCUAGAAUAAAUUUAUACUCCUCUUCCCAGGAUCUUGAGCUUUAGUGUGCUAUACCUAUGUGUCUUAUCGUGGGCCACUGUGCCAAUAAACAAAAACAACUGUUUGGUUUACCUCAGUUGCAGUAGUUAUUUUCAUUUAGAUGUUGUUCUCAGAUUAUUGUUUCAGUUAUGUAGAGGAUUACUACACUAGUUAUGAAGAAACCCCACUACAUUCAAUGGAAUUGGUGCUUAAAAUCCCAUCAAUGUGCUGUCUCUGGAGUGAUAAGAAAGGGCUACAUUGCCCGAAAUGAUUUCCUUACGUCACAAAUUGGUUUUCUUCUUCAGCCUGAACUGUAUGUACUGUACCCCAAACCUGUUAAUAUUUUGAGCGCUUCUAUAUGAAAGCAAGGAAAGAAUUUUAAUACUCUGGCAUUCGUAAAUGUUAUUGAUGAGAUUAUUUAUUUUAAAGGUUUGAGGUAACAUCUCUGGUUGUACCAAAGAAGAAAUAAAUAUGGUUUCUUAA